GCCAGGAGCAGCCUGGACAGAGCUCUGACCGGCACUAUUGUUCCUGGAGUGGACCGGAUGGCACAGGGGCCCUCACUGGGGACCAGGGCACCAGGCUGGCAAUUUCCUGCGAGCUUUAAAGCCACAGAGAGAAAUUCUCACUCCAUGAGUCAGGACGAGAGAGGGAGUGUCCGGAGGUGUCCUAGGUUGAAUUAUGGAGCACAGAACUUCAAUGUAAAUGCAAGCUGUUGGGAGCCUGAGUUCAGGUCCAGGCCUGCCACGUCCCAGUGGGUAACAGGAAGAAGUCAGUUGGCCUCUCAGAACUGGUUUAGGAGGUGAUGAUGCCCAGAAAGAGCCCCAAGGCUGCCAGUCCCCAGACACCGGGAGGAGCUGCCGGGGGGCUGUAAGCAGCACCCACGGGAUCGGCCUCGGAGCUGCCACAGGGAGGCCUGCAGCAGGGGGAGCACAGCCAGGCACCUGGCUCCCUGGGACUUGAUCUGGGCCUGUUCCUCCCAGCGGGAGGCUUCGUGGUGGUGGUGCAGCCCGUGUCCACCCAAGGAUGAGGGGGGAGAGGAGAGGCAAAGCUGUCAUGUCAUAAAAAUGAAGACAAGCUGUCAAAAAAGGAAUGCAGUGGUGGUGGGUGAGACCCGCGGUGCGAGACUCGGCCAGCUAUGCAGAAAAACCUGCCACUGGGUAUCGCCUGUGGAGCUCCUCCCUGCUUCUCAGCUCCUGGCCGGCCCCACCCGAGCCCACACCCCCAGCCUCGGCCAGGAGACUGGGCUCUGCAGACCUGAGAUCGCACGUCUUUGGGGCUCCUCCUUUGUGCUUCACAUGGGGUCAUGGCUCGGGCAGCAUCUGUCUUCAGAACCAGGUGGUGUUUGGGUUCUGGGUCUGGGUCCUGGUGGCCGCCACCCACGUGGCAAACCCGCUGCUGCAAGGAUGGGUGUUGUACGUCUCGCUGACCUCGUUCCUCAUCUCCCUCAUGUUCCUGUUGUCUUACUUGCUUGGAUUUUACAAGAGAUACGAGUCCUGGAGUGUUCUGUUUUUCGCCUUCAUCACCACCCUGCUCUACGUGCUCCACGCCUUCAGCAUCUACUACCACUGAGGGCAGGAGUCCUGCCCGCGCGAAAUGCUCCUGUAACGCGUGGACCAUGGCUCCCGAAGGUCGCUUCAGCAUUCGCCAUCUGGAUGACACACAGACCAACAACACGUCAGUGGGACUAACAGACGGUCUUUUCAGAUGAAAUCACACUCCGCAUAGCCUCCUGGACAUUGCAAUCCGUCGUGAUGACUGUGAACAGGCUGCGUUGUCUUUUGCCUGGGAAAGUGACUGGUUCCAGAAAACGAGCUUCCAAAGCCCUCAGCGCUGAGAAUCCCAAUCCACCAGCGUCACCUGGUGGAUCCACCUGGCUGGGGACCCGUCUCAGCAAUUAGGGUCCCUAGGCAGGUGUGUGGGAACGUGCAGUCUUAGUUUCUUAAAGCCGAAAUGGUGCUAGCAAAGCCUCCCCAUCACAUCUCUGCUUAGAUGCAGACCCUCUCCCGCCCUGUGGUUCUGCUCUGAUCGGCAGCAAAGACCAGCCACACUGCCACCCCAUUACAUCCCCCUUCCUCCCCUCCCCAGCUACGGGAUCCAAUUUAGAGACUAGAUUUGCAGGAAAAGAAGUGAUUGACUCUACAAAAUUGUUAUACAGUAAGAGCUGGGGGUGGGGGUGGGGGUAGGCUGCAGGACCCCACCCGACAAGGACUAGAAGCCACCUUGCCCCCCAUGAAAGACCUUCAAGGAAGGAAGCAGGAUGUUACGUACAAGGACUCUCCCCUGGGCUCCUCUCCCGCUAUGCGAGGCAUUUCAGGAGACCGGGAAAGGACCCCGUCCAGGGAUGUGCUCUUUCGUGGGUGCCCACCCCCCUCAAGUGCCCGCUGUGGUGCCAGCAGAGAGGAGCCCGGGCCACUCCGCUGCCUCCUACAGCACGGGCUCACAUGGCUGGACACAUGGCAUCCGACUUUUGGACCAUUUUCAACGAGAAGGCUGGCGUUGUGCACACAGAAACACAAAAAGAGGUGCUUGGUUUCAAAGUAAAGGUUUUCCCUGAGAAACACGCUGUGCAUCUGGGAUUUCUCCACACGGUCCUCGGCUCCCCGGUGGGUCUCCUGGCCUCUCGGCUCGGGCAUCGCGGCUCAGGCAUCGCCCAUAACCGCACACACCUGGGACUCCUCUUAGCUGAUUUAAGGGCUCACAGUUCCUAUCUUCUGCUCCUGGGAGAAGGGGGACAGGGAGUCACCGAAGAGAAACCGGCAUCCCUGUCGUUGACUGCUGGCUUCCCAAUUGCCCCGCUAUCUUGAAAAGCCCCCAUUUAUCUCUCUCUUUCUUGCCUGGCAGCUGCCUGGGAUGAGCACUAUUCAAUAUUUACCGAGUAGCCACAUCCAAAUAAAAGGUGUUUUACAGUAAAA